ACCAUGUGUACCUCUUGACACCCUACGACUUUGAAGACGAUGUAGACUUCGAGGCGGCCACCGUAAGACCUUCUCUCUCCCUUCUAGAGGAGAAUUCGCCGGGUCACUUUGGCACGAUCGAUGAAGAGGAGCAGCUCGUCCAAAUGGCCGUGCAGAGGUCACUCGUGGAGUACGGUGGCGCCGACCACCUGAUCCAACGCCAGUACUCUCUCUCGUCAACAGUUGUGCCUUACUCUAAUUCCUCCCCCUUCAUGCUUCAAAUCAGGCGUUUUUUUCCCUUUUUCCAGGCCAAACGCGGCGUUGUGGAGGCCCGUCCUGGUGAAUAUGUGGAUCCCGAGGAGGCCAUGAUGCAAGAGGCAAUCGCCGAGAGUUUUCAGCAGGAGAGCGGGCUGAACGACCUUGAGAAGCAGUAUCUGCAAGCGCUCGAAUUGUCAAGAGCGGAGGUGGAACAGGAGGAGGAGAGGAGAAAACGCGAGGACGAGGAACUCGAACGCGUCCUCAAACUCUCCCUAGUCGAGAACUAA